GCCUAUAGCAAUUGGAAGAAUCAUGGAUAACGAUGGCUUACCGAUUGUGGGACCAAAUGUAGAUUUUACACAGGUAUUGUUGCUCUGACACUUUGUAUUCAUCUAGAUGUUGCACUGCCCCCUAGCGAUUUACACUGCAAAUCUCAAAUCUGGAGAUUUUUUCUUUUGUACUACUUCUUCCCUCAAGUCAACCUCAAAAUCAAAGGGAGCUCUGGUACAAGAAUCCCCAGAGGUUCUCUUUCAUCUCUCUUGCAGCUUUGCAGCUCCAUUUUCAUUUAUUAAGCAGAAAAGAGAGAAAAAACGUUUGAGACAGCGAGACAGAGGCUAUAUUUUCGCUGUGUGAGCAGUCGUGCGAAAAGUAGCGUUGCAACCGUUCAAUUUUCUAUCGUGCAUGCGCGAAAUUCUUCACACGAUUCGCAAGCAAAAUUAAUUGUCAGGUCUGUCGUGAAAUGGUACAAGUUUCGCGGGAAUAAAUAAUUGUGACAACUCUGAUUUGCUACGCAGGACUCAUGCAAUGCUCUAAACCAGUCAAGAACAGGAAAAAAAAAACGUUUCUUAAUUUAUUCGUCCAGACUUCUGGACGGAUUUGAACAGUUGUCGGCAGAGGCUACUUUUCUCACACCAGCUCACACAGCGAAAAUGUUGCCUCUGCUCGCAGGGUACUGCUGUGUCAAACUCAAAUGAAUUUGACCUGGCAGUUGCAUGGCAAUAGCAUGGGAGUGGUUUCAAAUGUCAAAUUUAAUUCAGUUGUCGCGCCAAAUUUAAAAUAAAGAAAAUAUCGCAGUCAGGCGCAGUAGAGUCAAAACACUUAAACAUAUAUUUUCAUAAUUUAUGAAUUGAGUUUGGCAUGGCAAUAGCACGAUGUGAGAAACUGAGCCAUGCCACUGAUGUGUAGCACAGCAGACCCUAUUGAAUUUAAUUGCUGUGUCAAACUAAAUUCAAGUUGCUGAGCUGAAUGAUUUCAAACAUUGCGCAAUUGUAUACCUGCCAACUUUUUCUGAGAUAUAAGCGUGAGAUUUUUAUCCUGGGAGUGCUGGGAUUUUUGAAGACGACACGAUCAUUUCCGAAGAUUUCCGAAGAAGUCCGAGGUCUUCCGAAGAAUUCCGAAGACUUCCGAAGAUGUCCGAAGUCUGCAGAAGGCGAAGUUAUCGAGUCCCAGUCUUAGGACGCGUAUAAACGCGAGCUCACUCCCAGUGCUUUUCACUUCAAAAAUCAGAGAUUGCAAGGAAGGUAUUGUCAUUUAUUCAUUUUACACAUGGUUUUUGUUCCUUACAUGGGUCUGAGUUAACAUAUUUUUGGAAAUUGUGUCAAGCAAGACGGCAACAACUCACAUUUUUCAAUCAGGCGUGAGAAAUUGGCUCGCAAGCGUGAGCCGGCGUGAGAUCGAAGUUUUCAACCCGCAGGCGUGAGACUCACGCCUAAGGUGUGAGAGUUGGCAGGUAUACAAUUGCUGUGCCAAAGUUGAAUUAAAUCUAUCAAUAUUUUAUUGAAUUCAGCACAGAAGUAGCACGACAUUUGAAACCAGCCUAAGCAAGGUCUUGAACUCUCGAUGCAUGAACCAAGUAUUGCAAUCAAGCAUAUAAGAUCACGUGCAGAUUUUUAAAUCUUAAAAGUGUUGGCCAGACGUGCACUCCUUUUGGACCUCCAAUUUCAUUGGUUGCCAUAACCACAUGUUGAUAUGAGGGGUGCUGUAUACUAUGUUGGGCAUCAACAUUUGAUAAGAAUGGAUUAGAAACUACUGGUACGAGAUUUUUUGAAAUGUUUAAUGUUUUGAAUUCUUUUCCAGGUUGGACCAAUUAACCACAAAAGAACUUUGGCAUUUCUCAAUCAUUUUAUUACACAUUCAGUCAGAUUCUUAAAUAGAUUUUCAUGUGUGUGUGAAGAGGUGAGUGAGCGUAGAUCAGGAUUAUAAUAAUAUUGUGAAGCAGUCAUUAAUGCAUUGUGCAAAGUUUAAACUCAUCAGCAACUACCAGUAAUGGAUGAGUGUGUCUGAAAGGUGACUGCAAGUCAAAUGGAGCCAACAAUGUUAAGAGAACCAAAAUGACAUUGAAAAACAAUUGGCUUCCUGAGAAAACUUUAUGACAUUAAAAUAUCCAUAAGGUGUUACAAUAGUCCAGUUUCGAGUUUGUUAUGACCGCUGAAUAAAAGAAGUGAAGACACAUUGUACAGGCUUAGCCUCCAUCUGAAGUAAAUACAAAAUAGUGUAUAUUCACUAGGCUCUUUGCAUGACUUUAUCACGUGAUCAACUUUCGGUAAACACAAAAACAUUUCAUUUUUGAAAAAUUUUGUUAGCACAAGCUGAAAGAGCAUAUUAAAAUUAGGUAACCUGAGAAGUUUCAGCCGUAUGUCUCAAAAGUAGUGAUCACAAUGGCCACCGAAGGUUGCAAGCAUUUUUAGGAGAAAAACAACUUUUGCCAUCCAGUCAUGCUUGCAUGGUUUUCCAUACAAAUCCUUGUAAUUUCGAUAUUUUCAAAACUUUCAUGAAAUAUUUCCUUAAUCACUACAGGGUUCAAAUCUCCUUUUAAUUCAUAACAGGCAAUUUGAGCCCUUAAAUUCGUAAGAGAAAGAUUUAACGACAGUUUAAAAAUUUUAGAAUUUACAAGGAUUUGUCAGGAAAACCAUACAAGCAUGACUGGGUGGCAAAAGUUGUUUUUCUCAUACAUAUGCUUCUAACUUUUGGCGACCAUUACAAUCACUACUUCUGAGAUACAGGGCUGAAAAUGAUCAGGUUACUUAAUUUUAAUAUGCUCUUUCAGCUUGUGCUAACAAAAUUUUUAAAGAGCGAACUGUUUUUGUGUUUACCGAAAGUUACCCAAUGAAAAGAAGACCUGUUUAUUACUCUUACUAUUGUGUAUUAUUUUUCAAAUUUCAAACACUUACUUGCAGGAAUUUGUGAAUAUUUUACUUUAUGUUGAGGCUAACUCUGUAUGAAUGUGUCAUAAGUGUUUGAGUUCAGCAGUAACUUUUAAUUUAAAACUGGACUAUUCCCUAGAAAAAAUUAAAUCUUGAAGAAUUUCAUUUUAGGAAGUACAAUAUUACUUCAAUCAGUCAGUCAUAGUCAAUGUUAAUGGGGAAUCCUCCAGCCAGCCCUAAUAUGGCUUCUUUCAUUUAAUUUUAGUUGUUAGUGAAUGAGUGCAUAGGCAUGUAACAAACAGUGAUUCCAAAGGGUUAAAGAUGAUACAUUUUGACUGUCUGCUGCUGUUAUAAAGUUAUUAUAUUACAGAUAUCAUUUUUGCUGAUCAGUAUGGGCAAACAAUGGAAGCAUUUCAACAACAUACAUAAUCUUUCUAAAAUUUUAUAACUUAUUAAUAUGGUUUUGUUUGGGAUAUUACAGAAGUUAGCAGAAUUGUCAACUAAGAUACAAAGAAUUGAAAUAAUGAUGAGCAUCCUAGAAGCCAAGGUAGGUACAGUAGAAAUAUUCAUUAAUCUCCCACAGAAGGAAUUUCGAUCCAAGCUCCUCCCUAGCUAGAACCCACAGGAAUUCCAGUUUACUUAAUUCAUACUUCCCCUUUAAACUCAUUGACAAGAUGAGCUUGGGAGUGGGUGCCUUAAUUGGGAAGGGCCUGGAGUGCAAACGGCAGCAUUGCCUUGGAGGUAACCAUGGCAUCUGUUACUAAGACCCAGUUAAGAUGCUGAACUUUUCAUCAGCUGAACCUAAUUCGAAUUAAGGCCGACUGAAACUAUUUAGACCACCUGAAUUGAUUCAGACGCAGAUCUUAAUUCCAGGCGAACUAAAUUCAAAAGGAGGUGAAAAAUGCUCAUUUUGGUCACAUUUUAGAUUCAGUACAUGAAAAGUUCAGCGUCUGAAUCAAAGCCAUUCCAAAGUUGUUCCAAAGUCGAAACUCCCAGCCAGGCUAGGCGUGAAGAACAGCUGAGCCAUUCCAAAUUGAAAUAGGCGUUCCUAAUUGAUUCAGACCGAACUUUUCAUGUACUUAAUUCAAUGUAUUAGGUUCGGCUCAUGAAAAGAACAGCAUCUGAACCGGGCGUAAGUGUUCAUUUAAUGCACAAAACCUAUUUGUAGUAAGGAUUUACAACGAUCUGCGAAAGGUGACAGUUUAAGAGAGAUGAAGCAACAGCCAUUGGAUGCAUGUCAUAUUGCAGUACGUGCACAGCUGACAUUUUAAUGAGUUCAUGGUGCAACCUGCCUUGUUGUCUUGUUUGAUGACUAAUGUUUUUUGUUUGUGUUAUACAGUUGGCGUCAAUUCCAGGCCUCGAGGAUGUGACAGUGUCAACACCUGCUCCAGCUCCAUCUGGUAGUGCAGCCUCCACUUCAGCCCAAGCGACAGCUCCACCUCCUCCUCCUUCUGACACACCACAAACAGCUGCUGAGGUACAGUAAACAACACAUUAUUUUGUGUAAAAGUUAUAUUUUUAUGAAUGAUAUCAUAAUAAAUGUAAUUACAUAGUUGCUGUUUCACUGUCUCUUUUUUGUGAUAUUUAUUAGACAAUUAGAAAAGAAGACUGAUAAUUACUCUGAGUCGUAACAAUCUGUGUUGAGCACGCAUUGGUGUGACAAAUUUUCAUGCUUUAUCUCGCUGAUAUUUUAAGACAUGUUUAUGAUAUUUUCUUAACCUUUGGCCAUAUAGUAUGAAUUCAAAAAGGUAUGGGUGUUUUUUUUCUGAUAAUAGUUGAAAUUUUAAAUUUAUUGUAUAUUACUGAGGGCUCGAUGAUGAAAGGUCAGCAUUUUAAUCCUAACAGACAUGCAUGCUAGAAGAAUCUGGUUCUAAUAGUUUCAUCCAUCAAUGCAAGUGAUGGACAGGUUAAAUAAAAUUUAUGACACGGCAACUUUCCUCACAAGCAUGUGUCCACUAGUAGUAGAAAAUAGUAACAAUGUCAUAGAAGUUUCCCUUACUAUUAAACUGCAACUCCAGUCUACAUUUCUUCCACAGGGACCCCCUGCACCUCCCACAGAUCAACCAGGUUAGUGCUGAAGGAUUGUGGGAAUCUUUUGCAUAGUAGGAACUGAAUCCUUGCUCACACCAUCAGUUUCAUAUUUAUUGGGCUGCCCCUGAGGGAAACACCCAACCAAAAAAUGAGAGGCAACAUUCUUUCUACAUGUACCGGUAUGUCCAAAAAAGACAAAAUAGCAGACAAAAUUCCCAGAGGGUUUUGCGAGUCCCAUUCCCCCUUCAAUGGGACCACAUUUUGCAGGGAGGGGAUGGGUCAUUUCAGGUCGUCUGGCAAACAGAUUUGGAAGUCGAUUUUGAACAAAUACAAAAUUAUUGCUUGGGGUUAUUGGUCCUAUAUCUACACCAAAUGAUUAUCUAAAUACAGUAUUCUAUGAUGUUGUUAGCCUGUGUGGGAGGGUCAGAAACAAUGCACUCCCACAUCCCCUUGGGAAAAGCUUUAACUUGCUUGAAUUCUAUCCUUGCAUGUGAAAAGUCUUUCCUUAAGGUCUUCUUACAAGAAAGGAAUAUGCUAUUUGUAGAUCACCCCGUCAAAUAGAAACAUAUUCACUUGGAUAUUUAGAAGGGCUUUAAAUGCAAUAUCCGACAGAAAUAAAAUUGAAACUCAAUUUCCUUUGUGAGUUUUAAGAAACGGAAAACUACUGACACAUUUUAUAAGGCAGCAUAGAAUCACAAUAAUUUUUGGAAUUACCAAUCAGAUCAGAUUAGUCAUGUUAUAUUUUGGGGGGCAGAGUGAUGGGGAAGGAAGUGGGUUGUGGAAUUGCCCAGUUAAAAAUAAUGCUAAUUGUUUCUUGCUUCCAAAGACUAAUCUCUAUCAUCCCAUUAUAUUCCACGGGUUAAUAGUAGCUAUACACUCAAGCUAGUAAAAAAGUGUAAUAAUAAUCUGUACUUCCCAAAAUAAUAACUAAACCACUGCAUCAUGCAGUCAGCGGGCCAACACACCCACAUUUUAUGGGGCCUUGUUUUCUCUGUAAUCCAGGCAGUGAACUAGCAAAUUUGGUUGUUUUUCCUUGUUGUUGUUGCUGUUUGUUGUUUUGAGUUGCAAAACUGUGUGUCUUAGUAAUAAAUUGAUUGAUUAUUGUUAGCUGAGGUAAACCUUAAAAUGCAAGUGAUAAAUACUCAGGGUUCUCAUUAAGUUUUAAAGUAGACAGCAAGGAUGUAAAAGUAGGCAGCUUGGUAAUUAAGUGCUGAAGGCAGUUUCAGACUUUCUCUCCCCCUCUUUACCCGUUUCCCCUAAAAGUACUUGAAGAUGGCUUAAACCUUGAAGUAGCUGUUUUUUUAGCUGGUCGCUGGAACUUAAUGGAAACCAUGAAUACUAGAGUAGUGGCACACAAUAGCACAAACAAAAAUAAUAAAUGAUUAAUUUUAUGUAAUAAAACUAUCUGUUUGUUAACUUCAUAUUUAAUUUGUUUUUUUAUUGUAACUGUUACAGCUCCAGAGCCAGAAAAACCAAGUAAGCACGUUUGUUAUCUUUUGUUUGAACUCUUUACACAUUAUUGUACUAUAUGCAUACAGACAGAAAAGUCAAAUGUCAGUAUUAUUUUUUCUGAUAAUUCCAUACAUUUUGUCCACUUUUCCUAGCAAUGACUGUUUCCAAAGAUCCAAGAUAUGCUAAGUACUUCCAGAUGGUCAAAGUUGUAAGUAUUUGACAUAAAAAUCAAUGAGUUAGGGGCAGCAUCACUGACUGAUCAGUACAAUCUGGAGGUUCCAGGCUCAAAUCUCUCUCUCUGGCGUGCACGCACCACUAGCUGUGGUCCUCAGUGGCACCUAUUGGCCAACCCUACAAUGUAUCAGGUCUAACUUGAAUUUAUCUGUUCAAGUCACUGGGUCAUCUUCUCAACGUAGUACCAUCACAAAACCUCCACACAUUGCCUUACUCUGUCCAGGGUCAUCAAACACGAUGACGACUGCAGUGAAAACAAAAUGGCUGAUUAUUUGUUGUUACUUUUUAAUGAAACCAAAGCAAAAUUCGUAACAAUGCUGUUGUUGAUUGCAAUUCAGGGUGUGCCAAUUCCAGCAAUUGCCCCCAAAAUGAUGGCAGAAGGACUGGAUCCAAGUUUACUUGAGUAAGUUUAGAAGCCUCAUUAUGACUGCAGGUUUUAUUUAUUUUUAUUUAUUUAUUUAUUUGGUGUUGCUUUCUCUAUGUAGCAGAGAGAACUGUCCAAAAUACUUUGUUGUCUUAUGUUUCUCGACCUCUUCCCCUCCCCUUCUCCGCUUCUUUUUAUUUUCCCCAACUCCUCAAAUUUUUUGGAAUUCAACAUGGUGGUUACACAAGCAGAAACGUGGUUUCCCACACCUGAAGGAAAAGCCUGCAAUGAAGGCUGCAGUGAAGGUCAAAAGUGUUGGGACCUUCCAAAGUAAAACUGGUGACCUCCUUUCUCCCACCCCCCAAAAAGUUGAGGUCUUAGCAAAAUGGGUGGAAAUGAGUCCAUUUGGGGUUAAAAAAUUGUCGGAGGGGAGUGGAGGGAUGAAGGGAUGAAUCCAAAGCUGAUCCAAAAAUUGUCAUUAGGAAGGGUUUUUUCACUGUGUCCUAAGUUCUUUUGACCUCCAUUGUAGCAAGAGCAUAAAGCUUUGUGCAGGAUGGUGUGUGAAAAAGGCCUGAGGCAUUCAUAAGGGGGACAGGUGUAGCUCAUACUCUGGGUUGAUUUAAAGGUUAUGUAUGGUUUCUCAGGUAUCAGGUUGCUUCGCCCUAAGGUCAAUUCGCAAGUUCGCCCAGACUAAGUCGAUUCGCCCAAUGUGUAUUUGUCGUUCUUUAAGCCCGAGCAAAAGGAAUAAGCAUGGAAAGACAGUGACUCGGAGAAGUACAUGUAGGUUCACCUUGUUGUAGAGUAUUGUAUGUCAUCGGGCAAAUCGACUUAAGUCCUAGCGAACGCCUUUGGGCGAAACGACCGUAAUUCGUUUCUCAUGGUCAUUCUACUGUUGCCCUCCAUAGAAAUCCUGAUGCCCCAGCACCUGAGGGCGCCUUAGUACCUGCUGAACAGGAUGACUCAGAUGAUGACAUGUCUUCAACAUCUUCAUUCAGUGAUGACGAUUAACAAGAUAAUAGCAUAAUUGAACUGAGUGGAGUGUAAUUUGGUCUGAAAUCCCAG